AUGUCGUCGCCCGAGGAGGCGCUGGCCCUCACCAGGGAGCUUGAGAAGCGCCAGGCCACCAACCACUUUCCAACGCUCGCCACACGAUCUGGCGCGAAGCGAGACAGGCCCUCUCUCGGCAGCUCCCUCUCCGACGGCAGCCACGUCAGCAAGGGUCACACCGAGGCAGGCAAGACGACAGCCGAUCGACAUGGAGACGAAGCAGAGGCACAGCGCUCUGACGCGCAGGUCGAGGUCGACGACGACCUGAGAGCCUUUCUCGAUCGCCAGAACGAUCAACAAGAGGUACCACAGGAUCAAGCGGAUGCCGUGGAAGAGAACGGGACAGACGACGCAGCGCUCUCCCCGGAUGCCCCCGGCGAUGAUGUCGAGCUGGAGCUGGAAAUGGACUAUGACACCCAGACUGCGAUCAACGAGGACCGAACAGGCUCGGAGGAUCGCAUCGACACUGUGCUCGCGACAUCCCCAACAAAGCACACGCGACCACCAAGGUGGCAAUCGUCUACAGCCUCGGAACAGGCCGCCGCCCCGACAUCGGCAGCAACGCACAAGCGGAGGGCUCUCCACCGUGCUGGCAGCAGCACUGCUUCCGCCUCCAAGAAGCGGAUGACCGUGCUGAUGGAUGAAGAGAUGCCCGGAGAUGGCCUGUUGACCGGGGCGUCCGAGACGGACGAAGACGCGCUCGACGAGGAAGACGAGGCAACGGACGAGGAUUUCGACGAGGACCUGGAGGACGACGAUGGUCCCCACGCAGAAGGUGACGAUGACCACACCAUCGGCGCCCGGCCGAGCCGCGCGGCAACAAUACCAAAGCCGGCGACCGACGGCAGGCGUCGGUCUUCCCAGCUCGACAGUCCGGCGACCAUCGCGCGCAGCAAGGAUGCAGAUGAGACAGAAGACCUUCGAUCCAUCGCCGAGGACGCCAAGCAGCCUGGCUCCGAAGAGGAGGAAGGCAGUGCCGGCGACGAAGAAAAGGAUGAAUCGGAAGAGGAGUCAGACGUCGAAGACGACGACGACUCGGACGAGGAAGUCGAGCCGUCCCUCAAGUACGCCCGGGUCAAGGGCAGCGCAUCCGACAUCCUCGCCAAGGACAGUGCCAGCGCGUUCGCCGUUUCGCCGCGCUUCCUGGCGCUCGGCACCCACGGCGGCAUGGUCUACAUCCUCGACGUCGAGGGCAAUCUGAUCAAGGGCUUCCGCUCCCACACGGCCAGCAUCCUCGCCAUCGACAUCGACACCACCUGCGAGUUUGUCGCGAGCGCCAGCAUGGACGGCAUGGUGUCGGUCUCGGCGCUCUCGACGUCGGAGCAGUACGUCUUCGACUUCAAGCGGCCGAUGCGCUGCAUCUCGCUCGAGCCCAACUUUGGCCGCAAGAGCACGCGCGCGCUCGUCUGCGGCGGCAUGGCUGGCGCCCUGGUCCAGCGCGAAAAGAGCUGGUUCGGCCACAAAGAGGUGGUGCUGCACGCCGGCGAGGGCCCCAUCUACACGACCCAGUGGCGCUCCAACCUGAUCGCGUGGGCCAACGACCGCGGCGUUCGCAUCUACGACACCAACACGCAUCAGCGCAUCAGCUUCAUCUCGGCACCAAGCGCCGACGUCCGGGCUGACCUGCACCGCUGCAGCCUCUACUGGCAGGAUGACCGCACGCUGCUGGUCGCCUGGGCCGACCACAUCAAGAUCGCCAAGGUCAAGGAGCGGAAGCCGGCCCAGACGUCGGCCCUGGGCUCGCAGCAGCCGCAGUUCUACGUCGAGAUCUCGGCCAUCUUCAAAUUGGACUGCAUGAUCAGCGGCAUCGCGCCCUACGGCCUCGACUACCUCGUGCUGGCCUACAUCACCGACGACGAGGACGGUGCCGACGGAUCCGGGUUCAGCGACCAUCGCGACGUCCAGAAGCGGGGCGCAGCCCUUCGGCCCGAGCUCCGCAUCAUCAGCCGAGCCGGCGAGGAGCUCAGCAGCGACGUGCUUAGCCUCAACGGCUUUUCGCGCUUCCAGUGCAACGACUACCUGCUGGUGCCGUCCGAGGAGGCGCGCGCCUACAGCGCCGCGCUCAUGGCCAAGAAGCGAGUCAAGAGCGACCCAGAGGCCAGCACCUACUACGUCAUAAGCCCGAAGGAUGUUGUCGUGUCGAGGCCGCGCGACGACCGCGACCACGUCGAGUGGCUGCUCGACCGGAGAAAGUACGAGGCGGCGCUGGUCAAGGUCGAGGCCAUGGGCAAGACGGCGGCCAAGGAGAACGGCUUCGACGCCGAGGAGAUUGGCAAAAAGUACCUCAACUGGCUCGUCGACGAGGACCGCUUCGACCAGGCGGCCAAGGUGGCGUCCAAGAUCCUCGGGCGCAACGUCCAGGCGUGGGAGGACUGGAUCUUCCUCUUUGUCGAAAAGGGCAGGCUGGGCACCGCGAUCCCCUUUAUCCCCACGAGCGACCCGACGCUGAGCGGGCUCGUGUACGACAUGAUCCUGGCCCACUUCCUCCAACACGAUCCCAAGAUGCUGCUCGAGACCAUCCGCGAGUGGCCCGCCGAGAUCUACAGCACCCAGGCCGUCGUGCUCGCCAUCGAGGACCGGCUGUCGCGUGAAAGGUCGAGCACGCUGCUCAUGGAGUGCCUGGCCGAGCUCUUUAUCCGCAACCGGCAGCCAAGCAAGGCCCUGCCGUACUUUCUGCGGCUGCGCAGGCCCAACGUGUUCGACCUCAUCCGUGACAACAACCUCUUCACGGCGGUGCAGGACCAGGCGCUGCUGCUCAUCGAGUUCGAGGAGGACAUCCGCAGCCGCAACGAGAAGGACGAGCAGGGUCAGCAGAAGAGGAGCGUCGCGCCGGCAUCGAAGCACGGCGCGGCCAUUGAGCUCCUCGUCGACCACACGCACUCGAUCCCCAUCCAUCGCGUCAUCAAGCAGCUCGAGAGCGAGCCUCGGUUCCUCUACAUGUACCUCGACGCCCUGUUCGACCGGGACCCGCAGCAAGUGACGAGCCUUUCGGACCUGCAGGUGAAGCUGUACGCCGAGUACGAGUACCCCAAGCUGAUGGCCUACCUGCGCGCCAUGAGCAGCUUCUACUCGUUCGAGCGCGCCUUUAACAUCUGCAAGGAGCACGACUUUGUGCCCGAGAUGGUCUUUCUGCUCGGCCGCGUCGGCGACAACAAGCGGGCGCUCAGCCUCAUCAUCGAGAGGCUGAACGACGUCGAACGCGCCAUCGACUUUGCAAAGGAGCAGAACGACGACGACCUCUGGGAGGAUCUGCUGCGGUACUCGGAGACCAAGCCCGCCUUCAUCCGCGGCCUGCUCGAGAACGUCGGCGCCGAGAUUGAUCCGAUCCGCCUGAUUCGACGCAUCAAGAACGGCCUCGAGAUCCCCGGCCUCAAGGCUGCGCUGAUCAAGAUCCUGCAUGACUUCAGCCUCCAGAUUUCGCUCCUCGAGGGAUGCGACGCGAUCCUCAGCCACGACAACCGCCUGCUCUCGAACGAGCUGCAGCGCGGACAGGAGUACGCGCAAUACUGCGACGGCGACACACGUUGCGUCACCUGCAAGCUUCCCCUGCUGCCCAAGCCGGCAUCCAUCGUCAACGGCCUCGCUGCGUCCGUACGCGCACCCGCGCCAGCAGCAGCAGCCGGCGCGUCGCCGCAGAGCAAGACGAUCAUCUACCUGUGCGGCCACGCGCACCACCUGCACUGCCUGGUGCCGCCCGCCAACAUCCCGACGAUCAAGGAGCGCAGCGUCCCGCUCGACCUCAAGGCCACCUCGACGCAGGCGUUCGCCGCCAGCCCCAAUGUGCGCAAGCGGUGGAGCCACCUCGACUCGCGCGCCGCCUCGACCGUCGACGCCAUCUCGCCCGUCGAGCUGCUCGGGUACGGGCCGCAGCUGAGGGCCGAGGAACGCCAGCGCGCGUUUGAGGAGAGACUGAGGUACGAGAGCCGGCUGCGCGUCCUCCUGCGCAAGGGCUGUCCCGCCUGCCGGAAAGAGAUGCUGGCGGCUAGCGAGUUGGCCGUCUGA